CGGCCUCCUCCUCAGUCCUCACCCCCCCCGGCACACUCCUCGACGACUCGGAGCCGGAGCCCGAGGCAAUGGCGGCAUCCAACGCCGCAUCCGUGUCCCCGGCCGCCGCCCCGCGCCUCUCCCUGCUCCUCGGCCGCCGCCGCAGUGCCCGCGUCCGCGCGGCCGCCGCCUCGCCCGCCUCCGCCGGCGGGGGCGCCGGCGGGGGCUCGUACCUGGACAUGUGGAGGAAGGCAGUGGAGCGGGAGCGGCGGUCGGCGGAGCUCGCGCGCAGGCUCCAGGCGCCCGCCCCCGCCGAGGCGGAGGCGGCCGCGGCCCCGCCGGUGGAGGUCGUGGAGAGGCGGACGGCGCGGUUCGAGGACCUGCUGCGGGUGCCGCGGGAGGAGCGCGACCGCGUGCAGCGCCGACAGGUCAUCGACCGCGCCGCGGCCGCGCUCGCCGCCGCGCGCGCCGUGCUCAAGGAGCCGCCUCCCGCCCCCGCCCCGGCCCCGGCCUCGUCGCCGCCGCCGUCCCCGCCCCAGACGCCGCCGCAGAGGGCGGAGAGUGCCAAGGUGGGAUCGGCUGGGGGCAGCGCCGCGAAGGAAUCGGAUCGGGGCUCCAGAACGUCGGCGCCGGCGCCGGUGUCGCAGUCGGCGGAAGUGCCAGAAUCUGGGGGUUCAUCUUCUUACAAGCAGGAAAGUUCCAAGCUUGGUACUCCAGGUCCAGAUUUCUGGUCGUGGUUACCACCAGUGCGAGAUAGCAGUAAACCUAGCAAAAGCGGUACUGGUUUGAAGCCAUCCAAGAAAGUGGAUCCUGUUUCCCGUCAGCCUGAUCUGUUGGAAAAGGAAAAGUCAGCGGACUAUUUAUCACUCCCUUUUGAAACCGCCUUCUUUGAGAAGAAGGAAGAUCGAUCUCUUCCUCCCUUCCAGUCAUUUGCUGAGCCUGAGAAUGUGGAUUCCAAGGCUGAUCUAGCGGCUGAUGCAAAGGAGACAUUUGAAGAACAGUUCUCGAAAAAUGCAGCUGAGGCAGCUAGAGCUCUUAGUGAAAGUGAUGAUAAAUCAACCCAUGGAAUACAUCCUGAUGGUUCAAUGUGGUGGAAGGAAACAGGUGUAGAACAAAGGCCUGAUGGUGUACUUUGCAAGUGGACCGUUAUUAGAGGAGUCAGUGCUGACGGUGCUGUUGAAUGGGAAGACAAGUAUUGGGAGGCUUCAGACCGGUUUGAUCAUAAAGAAUUAGGUUCUGAGAAGUCGGGGCGUGAUGCUGCAGGCAAUGUUUGGCGGGAAUACUGGAAGGAGUCAAUGUGGCAGGAUUACACCUGUGGGGUUAUGCAUAUGGAGAAGACUGCAGAUAAGUGGGGACAAAAUGGGAAAGGGGAGCAGUGGCAAGAGCAAUGGUUUGAGCAUUAUGAUUCAACUGGUAAAGCUGAAAAAUGGGCUGAUAAAUGGUGCAGCUUGGAUCCAGAUACACCACUGGAUGUUGGGCAUGCUCAUGUUUGGCAUGAAAGGUGGGGCGAGACGUACGACGGCAGCGGUGGAAGCACUAAGUACACUGACAAGUGGGCUGAGCGGUCAGAGGGUGAUGGGUGGUCCAAGUGGGGCGACAAGUGGGAUGAGCACUUUGACCCGAGCGGCCAUGGAAUCAAGCAGGGAGAGACGUGGUGGGCGGGCAAGUAUGGAGACCGAUGGAACCGCACCUGGGGUGAGCAGCAUAACGGGUCCGGGUGGGUGCAUAAGUACGGGCGCAGCAGCAGUGGUGAGCACUGGGACACACACGUCCCUCAGGAGACAUGGUAUGAGCGGUUUCCACACUUCGGGUUCUACCACUGCUUUGAGAACUCGGUGCAGCUCCGUUCAGUAAAGAGGCAGCCGCCGCACCGGAAGUGAAGUCUGAAGGAUUCCGGGUAACCCUUUGGAGCCUAGGCACGGCUGUGGCCGAAUGAGGAGUUGAGGACGCUGAACAGAACUUGCCUGCCUGAAUCUGCUCUUGCUGCUUCAGCCUGACCAGCUGAAGGUGAGCCUAAUUCCCUUCGGUGCUGCUGCAUUUCUUGCGGUGCUCGCCGUCGAUCAUGUCCCGACCGAACCCAUGAUGAAUAGCUCGGUUGCUGAUGGUAGAGCCUGUCUGCGGUGGGAGAAGAUCGAUGAACUUUAAUUGGAUGGGCUCGUGUUGUCUGGAAUAGGGGUGUGAUCCUAGGAUGGACUCUCUGAACUUGACCUGCUUCUGUUGCCAUUAAUUGUUGGCUGAGCUGAACCGGCUUUCAUCGUCUCACAUGUUUCUCAGAUUUCAAAAAAUGCAUUCAUUUUUGGUUUUCA